UUCAAUAAUGUUUGAAGCGUUCGCUGCAAAGAUAACAGACAGAUUAAGCACGCACCAGCCGCCGUAAGCUAUGGAUGGUGCGGGGCUACAGUACUGUACCUAAUUAUAGUGGCCGUUAUCUGUUGUUACGCGAUCACCUCAUCAAGCUGUCCCAUUGACAGAACUAAGAACAAGAGCUAUUUAAGUAGCCUGGCUUGUCCAAUUGAUCAACCAGCGCUUUAAUCUUAGAACUUACUCUGUCAGUAUGUCAAAGGAUUACGAUACGUUCCAUCUGGGAAAUUUCAAGCUCAAGUCUGGAGGAGAAAUACCAGAGGCAUUUAUCGCCUACAAGACGUUCGGAACGCCGGGUAAUCCUCUGAUCAUAUACCCAACAUGGUACUCUGGACUUAUAGCCAACAAUGAAUGGCUAAUUGGUACAGACAAAACGUUGAACCCAGACAAGUACUUCAUUGUGGUGACAGCACUCUUCGGCAAUGGCCAGUCUUCAUCACCAUCAAACACACCUUCUCUGAAACCUUUCCCAGAGGUUCUUUUCUAUGAUAACGUAAAAGCACAGUACAGGCUUGUUACCGAACAUUUCGGUAUCAAACGUGCUAGAGCAGUUCUUGGAUGGUCCAUGGGGGCUGGCCAGACGUAUCAAUGGGCCUGCCAAUAUCCCGACUUCAUGGACUUGAUCGUUCCAUUUUGCGGAGCGGCUAAGACGUCUCUCCAUAAUCAGGUCUUCCUCGAGGGGGUGAAAUCUGCUCUACUGUCUGCCAAAGGAACUCAUUCAGGUGGCAUUGCGAAGGGAGAGGCAACUGAACCGAAAGACUACCGUAAUUGGACAAGUGAAGAAAAGACCAUUGGUUUGAAGGCUCUCGCUAGAGUGUAUGCCGGCUGGGGACUCAGCCAGGCUUUCUACAGGGAGAAGUUAUACGAGAGCUACUUGGGUUUCAAGAAUCUCGAGCACUUUAUGGUAGACUGGUGGGAAGCGUGGGCGCUCUCAAAAGAUCCGGAAAACAUGCUCGUGAUGCUGCAAACGUGGCAGGCCGGCGAUUGUUCGGACCAGGAGCCAUACAACGGCGAUUUCGCGAAGGCAAUGCAAGCUAUCAAAGCCAAAGCAUUGGUUGUACCAGCCAAAACUGAUCUAUAUUUCCCGCCCGAGGAUUCUGAGAUCGAGGUCCAGAAUAUGUCGCCAGGAAUUGGUCAACUAGAGGUAUUUCCAACCAUCUGGGGCCAUUGGGCUGGAGGGCCAGGAGAUAGCAAGGAGGACGUACAGUGGCUAGAUGAGAAGUUGCGGGCGUUUUUUGGAAACUGAUAAUUAGGGUCCUGUCGGUGCUUGAGGCUGGGUGAAAUGGUUGGUACGACUUGACCGUAUGCGGACUAGAUAGUACGGCUUGGCGUUUCCCAGUCGAGCGCGAAGUCUCUCAAAUCUUACACAUUUCCCAU